UUCCUGAAAACCGUCGAAUGGAAUCAUAACCGCCACGGUGACCAUAUCUUUAACUGAUUUCACCGGCAUUUCUGGUCCAUUAGUUGCUAAUGAAACUCUUAAAACCUAGUUAGUGUUAGUUUUAACACAGCUGUGUAUCUAUGAGUGCCCUUCGAGGACAAAUUGAUGGAAAACGGCAACAGAGAAGAACAUGUUGAUGGUCGCGGAGUCGAAGAUGACUCCACUGACAGUGAGCUAGAAGAGUUAAACGCUUACGUGCCUCUAGACAUUCCUCCUCGAGAUUUUUCAAGGCGUCUUGUUAGGAGCCAUUCAGAACCACAGAAAACGUCUACGAGAAACAGAAUGGAACAUUCGUUACGGAAAGGUGCCUACUCGCCUCCUAUUAUUCAAAAACAACGAAACAAAGUUGUGACUCAGAUUUUACCAAGAAAUGCUCUGGGUGGCGACGCCGCCGAUAAAAUUACGCUGGUAGUGGACGAUACACGUUUUGUCGUCGAAAGAUCGCUCUUUACUGCUCAUCCAAACACCAUGUUGGGAAGAAUGUUUGGUUCAACAAUGGAAUACACAACCCGAAAUGAGAAAGGGGAAUAUGAAGUUGCAAGAGGCAUAUCUGCAAAUGUCUUCAAGUGUAUACUGGAUUACUAUAAAACAGGUCUGAUUAACUGUCCACCAAGUGUACAAAUUCCAGAACUUCGUGAAGCAUGUGAUUAUCUGCUUAUACCAUUUAAUGCUCAAGUGGUCAGAUGUCAGAAUUUAAGGGAUCUUCUUCAUGAACUGUCAAAUGAUGGUGCUAAGAACCAAUUUCAAUAUUUUGUUGAGGAGUACAUUCUACCUGUUAUGGUUUCUUCAGCCAAGAAAGGGGACCGUGAAUGUCACAUAGUGAUCCUUACUGAUGACGAUGUGGUGGAUUGGGAUGAAGAGUAUCCACCCAGUAUGGGGGAGGAGUAUACUCACAUUGUGUAUUCAACAUCUCUUUACCGAUUCUUCAAGUACUUUGAAAAUCGUGAUGUGGCCAAAGAGGUGCUAAAGGAAAGAGGGCUUAAGAAAAUCAGGCUUGGAAUAGAAGGCUACCCUACUCAUAAGGAGAAGAUCAAACAAAGGCCAAAUGGAGGGAGACCUGAAGUAAUUUACAACUAUGUUCAACGACCCUUCGUACGAAUGUCGUGGGAGAAGGAAGAAAGCAAAAGUCGUCAUGUUGACUUCCAGUGUGUUAAAACCAAGACAGGAACCCCAGGACUGGUGGAGGCUGUAGAUGAGCCUGCUGCACUGGCAGCAGCUGGUGCCGGGCCACACCCACCUGCUGCCAUAUUGGGUGCAGAUCCUGAAGACAUUGAGUAAUAUCCAGGGCAUUAUGUUGUCAGGCAUCAAGCAUUGGUAACAGUGGCUGUUGCACUGUUUAUCACAUUUCACAACAGCUGGAAGUUGUAACCUUUACAAUUCAAGUUUAACCUUAAUUACAAAUGUAUUGGCUGUUAACAAAGAAUGGAGGGGUGAACUGUAAUGUGGCAAAUUUUCAACAUAUAGGAAUCGUAUGUUAACAUGAAAUCAAGUUCUCCAGAGAUUUUUUAGUAACCAGCCCUAAAUGGGAAAAAACAACUCUAGCCAGCAAAAAAUCAAAAUUAGAUCAAGACAGGUAUUUUACUGCUUUGUCUAGCUGCUGUAGUUGGGGAAAACACUGGGCCUUUUUGCUUAUGGAGAACAUUCUGAUAUUUUUUAAUGAUGUGCAGCAGAAUUCCAUUAUUGUUCUGAUUAAGUGAAUAUGGGAAUAGAAAAUUGAAGUCCAUUGUGCAAAUGGCUUCCAUACUAUAAUUGUUGCUCUACUUCUGGUGACGAGGCAAAUAUUAAGAACAUUUCACUUUUUUAAAGAUUAACUGCAAGAUGUCAUAGUUCAUCUGUUAAAUAUUUGGAAAUUCCUGUUCGUCCCAAAAAAAUACCUUGUUAUGAGAAUUUUUGUAAUAGGUGAUGUUAUGAUGUUACGUGUAGUUGUAUAAAGUAUUUUGGUUGUGGGAAAAUUAUUAUAAGAGCUGUAGUCAACUUUCGGAAAACAAAUCACACAUAUAAAACAUGAGUAAUCCCCAGAAGUUAAUAUAUUGAAUUUACUGUCUUCACCUAAAGUACAUGUACUGUGUACUGUUGGUAAGCUAGGAGUAUGUUACAAUUUUCGAUUCAAGUGGAGUUAUUUUAAGCAUAAAAAAAAAUCUACAAAGCCGUUAAGCUGAUAUGAAAAUUCUGUCUUUAAAUUUCUAGUAUAAGUAAAUGCUACAUUCGAACAAGACAGAUCACAGUCGUUGUUAGAAUCGAAGUGGAGUAGGAUGAAAUAUUCAUUUGGAAAACUCAUGCUGACCGUACCUUUAUGUUUAUUGGCUUGAUUAUUACGCUUAUUUUAGGACAGCUUUUUUUUUUUGUAAACGGUUAAUACUCGACAACACAGUGCUACUGUAAAAAGAAAGUUUCAUUAAUUUUUAAAAAAAGGACCUUUAUUUUGCUCGUUAUAUUGUAGAAAGCUUAAUGUUAUUAUAAUAAAAGAAGGAAAAGCGUUUAAA